AUGCCUAUGCUACGGGAGCCAUGGAAAAAAUACCGGAAAUUUAAACCUCUUGACCUACCAAAUCGUCAGUGGCCCUCUAAGACAAACGAUGCACCGCCACGAUGGCUCGCGACGGAUUUGAGAGAUGGAAACCAGAGUUUAGUCGAUCCCAUGGACGGAGUCCAGAAACUGCGCUUCUUCAAAAUGCUCGUAGAGCUGGGCUACAGAGAAAUCGAAGUAUCCUUUCCCUCGGCCUCUCAGACCGACUAUGACUUUACAAGAUCCUUGGUCGAGACUCCUGGCGUGGUUCCCGAUGAUGUAUGGCUACAGGUCCUUUCUCCGUGCAGGGAAGACUUCAUCCGCCGCACGGUCGAGUCCUUAAGAGGCGCGAAGAAAGCCAUCCUCCACAUAUAUCUGGCCACCAGUGAAUGCUUCCAAAGGAUUGUUUUCGGCAUGACGCAGGAAGAGAGUAUCGCUCUGGCAGUCAAGUGUACACAAUUUGCCCGCUCCAUCACCAAGGAUGACCCAAGUCACGCAGGCACAGAAUGGCUGUACGAGUUCAGUCCCGAGACGUUUUCAGACACCUCGCCGGAAUUUGCUGUCCGGAUCUGCGAGGCCGUCAAGGCUGCAUGGGAACCAACGGAGGACGCCAAACUCAUCUUCAACCUUCCAGCUACGGUCGAGAUGGCGACGCCUAAUAUCUUUGCUGAUCAAGUGGAAUACUUCUGCACGCACAUGACCGAACGUGAGAAGUUCUGUGUGUCCGUCCAUCCCCACAAUGAUCGAGGUUGCGCAGUUGCUGCGGCAGAAUUGGCACAGAUGGCUGGUGCUGACCGAGUAGAGGGCACUCUGUUUGGGAAUGGUGAACGAACGGGCAAUGUCGAUCUAGUCACUCUAGCCCUCAAUCUCUACACACAGGGAGUUUGGCCGGGCAUUGAUUUCAGUGAUAUCAACAAAGUCAUUCGGGUUUGUGAGGAAUCGACAAAGAUCCCUGUCAAUGAACGAUGGCCAUACGGCGGACAGCUUGUGGUUUGCGCGUUCAGUGGAUCUCAUCAAGACGCCAUCAAGAAAGGAUUCCAAGUCCGUUCGAAGAACGGAGUGGGAGCCGAGGACCGGUGGGAGGUACCGUAUCUCCCACUUGACCCUCAGGACAUUGGACGGACCUACGAAGCCAUUAUUCGUGUCAACUCACAAUCUGGUAAGGGUGGUGUUGCUUGGGUCAUUCUGAGAAGCCUCGAACUCGACCUUCCUCGUGGGUUGCAGAUCGCCUUUAGCAAGAUCGUGCAGAAGGAGGCCGAUGCCAAAAACAGGGAAUUGCUUCCACGAGAGAUCCAAGCUCUGUUCGAGGAAUCAUAUCAUCUCAAGAGCAAUCCAAGAUUUACUCUGGUCGACUACAACAUUACGGCGGUAAGGACGAGCUCGCCCGCUCCACCCUCCAAAACUGCAACCGCCACUCAGGAAAAGACAAAAACGCCCGCACAGAACACGUCAACAGCCAAACGUCAAUUUGCAGGUGUGAUCGCAAUUGACGGAGUGCAACAUCCAAUUGUGGGAGUAGGCAAUGGUGCCAUCUCUUCUCUUGCCAAUGCUCUUCAUUCCUUGGGUAUCGAUCUCGAUGUGGCAGAUUACAAGGAGCAUGCCAUUGGAGGCGGCCGGGAGGUCAAGGCAGCUACGUACAUAGAAUGUACGGCCACGAAUUCACAUGAAAAAGUCUGGGGUGUCGGAAUUCACGAAGACGUGGUCCAAGCGUCUUUGAUUGCGUUGUUGAGCGCUGCAAGUUCGUUCCUAUCAUCACGAGUCUCGACUCCUAACCCAUUCAAACCCAAACAUCUCCGACAGUUUUCAGAAGCCGAGCUGGAAGCUCUUGAGCGCCUGAAUCUUAAUGGCUCAGAAAGCCCGAUCAGUCCUUUGAGGGCCGUUCGGACGCCAUCUCAAAUAAAUAUGGACUCACAUCCAAGCAGUGUCCCAGCGGCGAAGAUUGAUAUUGGAUUGUUGGAGCAAAAGGCUGAACAAAUCAAUGGCCAUAAAUAG